GUCGCGGCAGCUGCCUUCAGCAUGUUUCUCAUGAUCAAAAACUGGCUGCUUGGAGCCACUGAGGAGAGCGAGUAUAAACUGCUGAGCACCGAGUGCAAGGAUGGGGUGAGCUAUGAGGUGCGCCGCUAUGACGCGUGUAAGUACGUGUGUGUGAGUCUGGAGGGGCGGAGCUUCGAUCAGGUGUCAGGUGAUCUGCAGCGGAAGCUUCUCGCCUACAUGAGCGGAGACAACGAACAAGGUGAGGUCAUGAACACGCCCGUCCCAGUCAUCUUCACAGUGUUCCCGCGUGACGACGGCUCGUUGAACCGCCGCCUGGUCGCCGCUCUGCGUAUCCCAUCAUCCUUUCAGAUCAGCCCGCCCACCCCGACCGACUCAUCCAUUCGCAUCGAGGACCGGCCCGGGAUGACCGUAUACGUUCUGCGGUUCGGCGGUUUUCCAGGCGAGAGCGAGUAUCGCGCGGAAGCGUCGCGUCUGACGUGCACGCUGGGAGACUCCGCCCCCUUCCAGCGCAAACAGUACCUGUGCUGCAGCUACGACCCGCCCAUCAAACCGUACGGCCGGAGGAACGAGGUGUGGUUCCUGCAGGACGAGCCCUGAGACGCGUUCGACAGUGAGACACACGUGUCUGGACGAUGAAGAGUGUGUGUCCGUGCGUGUGUUUUGGCUAAAAUGACCCCUAACCCGUUUGUGACAUGUUGACUUCUAGUAGCGUGCGGAGGGAAGCGAGGCUGCGGUGAAGAUCUUCUUUCUAACGCAGGGAUUUGUACUUUGAGGCUUACAGUUAUUUCAGCUGCUGCCUGACAUCAACUGGACUCUGUUAUCAUGUCAGUUUAAUACACAAUGGUGUAAACGCACACAUCGUUUUACAGUUGUUCUUCUAGUUGUUUUCCAGUAGCAGCUAACGAAUCUGAAGUGUCGCUCUCCAUCUCGAUCUGUCUUCUAUACUCUCUCUCUCUCUCUCUCUCUCUAUAUAUAUAUAUCUAUCUAUCUAUCUGUCUGUAUUUUUCUAAUGCAAACACAUGGUCAGAAUCCCACAACCCCUCAUGUUGAUCUGCUGUAGAUGAUGGUGAAGGUUUGACUGCUAGUAAAGGUCAUAACUAACCCCUCGAGAAACACCAGCUGUAGAUUCUGACUGAUUAAAUAGACUUGAUUUCCUGAUCUUCCAGCAGAUGUUUCUCAAUAUCCGAAUGCUGAAAAAAUAAAAAAAAAUACCUGCUAAAACCGACAGAGAACAUGUUUGUGGAUAAAGACUGCAGGUCUAAACUAUCAAAAUAAUACAGUUCAUAUGUCUUUAA